AUGAGCUCAAAAAUACAAAUAGAAUUAGUCGGUUUGAUUAAAGACUACAAUUUCCACGUUGCCAAGAAUAUUGUGGAGGGAUUGAAACAGACAUUCCCCGAUGAAUUCCUGGAUCCAAAAAUUCAGCCACUUCUCGAGUUUGACUGGCAUGCAUUUUUGUACAACAAGAAAAGGGAGCUGCGUGGCGAAGUGUGGCAGUAUUCCAAAAGCCUGAUGUGCUUUCUGAACGGCCAUCUCCUCGGUGAUGAAAAUGAUCUUGUCAGCUGGGCCAAGAAUGAGUGGAACUUCACUUUCUCUCGGCCCCAGGCUUUCUACAAGGCUAUCACUGAUAACUACUACACCCAACACCUUCAGAAAACUGGGCAUCAGUUUGUCUUCAUGGAGAUUGAAAUAUCGGGGGAGGAUGCUGGUAGGUUAGUGUUCGAGCUGUUCUCAGAUCUGUGUCCAAAGGCAUCAAAAAACUUUGAGGCUCUGUGCACGGGAGAGCAUGGAGUGUCGCAGAGUGGCCUCCCGCUCUGCUACAAGCGCUCCCUCUUUCAUCGAAUUGUGCCCAAUGGCUGGGUACAAGGUGGAGAUAUUUCUCCCGGUAGUAUAGGUAAUGGCGGUGAGUCGAUCUAUGGGCCAACUUUUGAAGAUGAAAGCUUUGCCAUUUCUCACUCUAAGCGGGGCAUUUUAGGAAUGGCCAAUAAGGGUCCCCACACCAACGGAUCCCAGUUCUACAUCACCUUGCAGCCAACACCCUGGAUGGACCAGACAUAUGUCGCAUUUGGUCAAGUGGUUGAGGGUGUUGACGUGCUGAGGAAAUUAGAAGAGGCUCCAACCUGCAAUGAAAGACCAAAGUACCAAUGUAAAGUCACAGCUUGUGGAGUGUUUAAACCGUAG